AAAGCAAUUUGAAAUAAUUUUUUUUUGUUGAAAAAGUGAGUUUUUUUGCUUGGAUAUUGUUUCUGAAUAGGUUGCCAAUUUGAGUUUUUUUCGUUUUUUGUGGAUAUUGCUUGGAUAUUGUUUCUGAAUAGGAUACUUAUCAUGUUUUUGUGCGAUUAGUUGUUUCUUUGAUCUAAUAUGGAAUCUCAAGAGACAAGUACAAACCAUCAAGUGGCUGGACAAUCUGAAGAAAAUGAAAUGUCUGAAUUGUUUGGGAAAUCAUUUGAAACUCGUGAUGAUCUCCUUCAAAGCACAAAAAGAUUUUAUUUAAAAAAUGGAUAUGCAACAACCAUCAAGAAAUCUAAAAAGGAUAGAUUUGUGCGCAUUGGAUGUGAUAGAGGAGGUGUCUAUCGGAAUCGACAGAAUACUCCAUUAGAGCUUCGUAAAAGGAAAUCAUCAAGUCGGCUUAUAAAUUGUCCUUUUGAAGUUAUUGGUAGGAAGCGAAGUGAUGGUACUUGGAUACUUCAACUUAUAAAUGAUUCCCAUAACCAUGAAGCAUCUAGUGAUAUGUCCGGUCACCCUAGUUGUCGUCAUUUUUCAGUAGAAGAAAUGCAUAGCGUUGAAGAAAUGGCUUCUUUUGGGAUACCGACACGACAAAUUCUCUCAUCACUAAGGCAAAAAAAAUCCAGGCCUUCAAGCAAUCUCUAGAAAUGUAUACAAUUCAAUACACAAGAUUUGAGAAGAAAAAUUGGGAGGUCGUACCAUGGUUCAAGCAUUAUUUGAAGAACUAGGUGAGGGUGAAUUUUUCUACAAUAUAAAGCAUGAUGAAAAUG